UUGCCUGCCGCUGGUCAGCAGCUAUUGGUGUUUGUUUCUGCUGUCAUUAGCGGAUGCUGGAUUAAAUUAGUACACCCGAACUGGUAGCACUUGCUUUCGAAAGAAAUCUUGCUCACUUGUUCGCCCUUAUAUGCCACACAUGGUCGCGAUAUCGAUAUCAGUCAGCAUAUGGAAGCGGCAAUAGCAUAGCGAGCGGACCUUCAUAGUAUAUGCAAAUCGUCACCGGAUACUCAGAUGGAACUAUUGUUUUGCAGCGAACAGAUGGACGGUAGUAUGUCGGAUUCCAUUGGCGCUGUUGAUGCCAUCACUGUGCCAACGGCGUCGGACGAUCAGAUUUGUUUGUCGCUGCCACAAACGGGCGUCUUCCAGCACCGCAGUCGUCUGGUUCCCGAGGGUUAUAAGGUGAACUCGAGCGUUUUAAGCGGUCAAGCGUCGAACCAAUGGCGAGACUAUCUAUGGAUCACGCACCUUUGACUAACGAUUGAUCUGGUCCUCCAAACAAAACUAUUACUUUCGCUAGACUUGUAUAUAUAUAUACUCCACGAUAAUAACCUUAUGCCGUGAACUAUCGUAGCGUAGAGUACAGCCGCCGAACCCGGUAUCACCUACCGAAGCUGGUUAACGACAUUAACUACGAUUAACAGUUGUAAGGGUCCGCAUGUUUGUGAAAUUAUUUCACUAACCCUGAAGUAUCGAUGUGAAUGAUAAGUAGUCGGAUAUGCAAUUCACUCAGAUUUACCUAGAUUUACGCUGCGGUGCAGUGUGUCUGUAUGAAUGAUGACCAAGAAAGCUAUCUACAAAGUCGACUUCAAGCUAACAUUCAGCUUCCAUUCCUGGCCACCCUAUUUAAGUAACCUAGUUUUACAUCUACAAACGUAACCAGCGUAACAUGAAAUGUUGUUCCGUCAGUGCCUCUUUUCCUAUCGGCGCGAUGACUGGUUGAACAGCUAUACUCCUUGCUAAGAUCCUUGCUGGCACGUCUUGCAAGCUGCUCUUGAUGUCUAUUUGUGACGACGGUACCACAUUGUACCCCAUCCGUCACUGUGUAGAAUGGAAUGUAAAUACGGUCACUAUGACAGGGCCUGUAAGAAAACCGACAGCUUAGUGCGAACGAAGAACUUUCUUUUCCUACAUUGAGGAGCUUCUUUCUCUCCGCUAAAUUGCAUCGACGACGCUGCCAACGACUGCGUUUCUGGCAGCGUCUGUGGGAUGUCUUUUCGGCUGCGAAAAACUAUUUCGUGUCCGUACACUACGAGCUGUAGCAACAGUGGCUGGGAAGAACUAAGAGUUUACGGUAGUUCUCUUACGCCACUGUCGAUAUUGGCGGUGUUGCCAUUCGUUCGAUGAACGAAUUAGUCGUAAACCCCCUCAACAGCAACAGGCCGCAGCGAGGAACACGAACAGCUGUGUGGCGUCGCUGUUGAUUGCCCAGCCUUCGAAACACCUGCAAGUUUCUAGUACGCUUUGCUUGACCGGAUAGUGCCCUAAUUAUAGAUUGCUCUAUACAAACCGACCAUUCACCGUUGAAAUCACUUUGUGUCACUAUCGUCAAUCGUUACGAAAAGGCGUUAAAGGAGGCGCGGAAUAUGCGGUAGACUACAUUUGGUAGUGGUUCAGGUCUGACGAUAGCUGCAAGCCCAACAAAAGGGCAAGACCAGCUUAAAGCGUUUCGUUGGUGAUUCCGAUAGAUGCCCGAAGCCUGGUGCGCUUCCUCGCCAGACGCAGUCCGAGUAAAGGCCACCGGCGCACGAAUGAAGCGUGAACAUCUACAAGCAAGCUACCAAGCUUUUUUUAUACCUCUCGUCAUAUCAGACGACUUGCGCCGUUUCUACCUGACACGCGCCCUCGAGCAGUUGCCGGUACAUUCUAUCAAAUAGAAAUACGUCAAAGAAAUCCCAAAGCAGCGCAUUGAACAUGAGAUAAUUAAUAAUUUCAAACGUUCGAUUUGGUUCACGUGAUAUUGUUAUUGACGUCUCAUUGCACGCAGCUGACGUGUGUGUUGACUUGUGAUCCUUAAACUAAGAAUGGUGAACUGCUGCGGAAACGAUGUACUUGGUUUUUUUUUAGUCAACAAAUCGAAUCUGGUAUACCACCGUUAUAACAUCGUUAUUUUAUUUCUGUUACAAUGGAUAACAUUAAAGCAUUAUAAAUUCGUCUAAAGUGUUAUAAUAGCAAUACUGUUGUAUGUUACUAAAUGUGAAAUGAAGAGAACUAAAAUGAAUGAUAUACAGAUAAUUGUUUGAUCUGCCUCAGUCAAUCAAACUUUGAAGUAAGAGGUGGCACUUCUACCUCACAAGUCAGCAGCGGAUUGAGUUAGUGCGUCCAUCUUUGAACGGAAGCCGGGAGAUAUUUUUAUAUUUAUUUGGUAUUUGCAAAAUAUACUGAACCUAUCUAGGCUCGUUAUAUUGAUCCUAUAUCUAGUUGUAAACCUAAUUUUAGUCUGGCCACCAAUGUCGGCUUGUUUUUUGAUUGGUUAGAACUGUUGAUCUAUUUUCUGGUUUGGGGAUGAACACACUGGGGCACGCUUCCGCCGUAUUCCACAAUCUACUGGUGACUCAUAAUAUGGUGGCGCUAUCCUUGUGUUCUUGGCCUCUCGCUGUUUCUUGGCUACACUGAAGUUAACACGCAACUGCGGGGCAUCGUCGGGACGCCCCGCAAGGUAAUAACAUUACCCCUGCUAUUGAUGAUACAAACGCAGGCUUUAUUGUUAGCUUCGUUCGACUUUGACUGGCAGCGGGGUUGAUGGUUAGUCUGCCAUUUCUGCUCUUGGUACCGGCAGGCUUAAACAACAUUGCCACCGUAACCCAAGCAAUUCACUACUCUUUACUGUGACCAGUGAGCUACUACUACAACUAUCAUUUCGACUACUGUGUACCCAUCACCGUCGCUCAUCGCUAGAAUGUGUCGUUCUGUUGUGUCGUAACUGGUUUUACUGAUGUGUACAUUUCUUGCCUAAAUUAUAAGUUCCUCUGUAUACACGUUCCCUUAUGCUUUUGGAGUAUGGUACAUAUGGCUAUAUACCCAUAUGUAUGUGGGAGGUUGCCUGACGUUUAUUCCUGCUUACGAUGGGGUAGAAAUGGUUGAUUGUGCUGUGUCUGUGCUACCGACCGAUCGGCCAACCAACACCACUAUUACCACUAUUGCUACCAGUAUACAGCUAUUCAAUUGUCUUGCCAAACACGUCCAUGUCAAGUUCGUUGCCGCUGUCUGGAACCCGGCGCUCAUUGUUUUGGCCUACUCGUUCUUCUUCCUUGCCAAAGCCGACUUGCCAGUUGCUGUCGGCUGCCGCUGCCGUCAUCCUCGUCGUCGCGACUGCCGCCGCCGCUGUUUCUCCCAGCAACAGCGCUGCUUUGCCCUCCCUCCUUUUUCAAAGGUGGAUGGUGAGCAUAGAGCGGCUACGCUCAUAGUGAAGUAAUGGCCUCAGUAGCGAUGUCGGUGAGUGCCAGCCGUUUGGGUUAGUGCUGCCACCGGGUGGCUAGCAGAGUUGGUUUGCUCCCCGUCAGUGUUGCGAUCUUGACUUUGGACAAGCAAAGUGAAGCCGAACAUGCUUGCAUCGCCUGUCGACUCGCCUCUGCCCCUUUACUCCAUGGUCACAUUUCGGCUUGUAUCUAACGACGCUCAUAGGCAGUUCCGCUUUAUUGCUGAAAUUAGCUUCUUUCGAGCUACUACAACCGAAGCUACUAAUGAGUCCACUUGAGGCCUUUUUUCUUUUUCAACGAAGUACCCAUUGACCAGUUGCGCAAAAUCAUCAAACUGCACCCUCGCACCCCGCGUCUUUCAUUCCUAACUCCAGUAUAAGGAGAAACGCUGCCAGCAAGUCAAGUGUGCCUCUCUGCGUUUUUGGCAAAAAAGCCCUACCGCACUUCUUUUUCUUCGUGUGCUAUCAUAACAAUCCUCUCUGUUUCGGCCUUAGUCCUUUGGCUCUUUUCUUGUCCGCCAACUCUCUUCUAUAGCUUGACGUUAUAUACGAGGCAUGUACGAACGAUCACAGCGGCAGUUGCAAGAGUGGGAGGCAACGGGCGUCUUUUUUCGCCCUUUCCCUCGUUAAACCCCUCCCCGCUCUCAUUCCACUUCCCGAUUGUUGCUUGUUCUGAUAUUGGCAGUUUUGUGACGUCAGUGAGGGACGCGGGGAGAAGGAGGGACCGAGAUGCUGCUAUGUGGUCGCCUAAUAGGCCUUACAUUGGCCAGAUAGUCUAGUUUUGUGCUAGUACUCAUGGCGACAUGUAGUGAGUUCUCAGCGUAGGUUGUCUUCACUGGGUCUUUGUCGAAUAUGGAUAACAGGGCAAUAGUCGGCUACGUUACCCCACCGCCGCCGCUGUCGCCGCCGCUGUCGCUCGCAUCGCAUGUGAGAGUAUGGUUGCAGCAGAUCUCUAGGAACCGGCAUCCUGAGCGACCGCACUCCGAUACACCGUGCUGCGAGUGAAGCAAAGCGGAGCGACGCCCUCCCGUCACUUACAGAGAAGAGAGCACUCUCGACCUCCGUUUCUCAAUGCCGUCGCACGCUGCCGGCAGCAGAUAGAAGUCCUGUCCUCCAAGUUGGUUCUUCGAAGGCUUAACGUGUUCUACAUAGGGUGCAACGAUCAAUGUGUCACUCACUCGCUUGCGUGCUGGCUGGCUGGUUGAUUCGGAAGCUCGCGACGAUGGCGACAGCAGCAGUACCAGUCGUGGCAACUUGGGUUGUCGAGGAGCAGCAGGAACAGAAAUAGAAAGCAAAUGCAGAGAAGAGGGAAUGAAAGUGGGAAUAGGAGAGGACGAGAGUGGCAGAACAGAGCGGGGAAAGGCGCAUAACACGCAGGGGCUUGGCAGUGGUGGGCCGAUGCAGCAAUGAGGUCCCUUUCAGCUGCUUGCGUUAGUCGAAGGCUAAAUUGUGAAUCGCCAGAGUCGAAAGUCGGCGCUCGCAAAAGUGGAAAAACGAGCGAACCAGCGACCGACCGACGAAGCCCUCCUCCUUGCCGGCCUCUGACCCAAUCGCGUUGGUAUAGUAGUAGCAGAACCUGAUUUGGCCUCGCCAGGGUAGUUCGUAGCUGAUCAUAAUCACGCUCCUAGUCCUGCUGACGACGCCCCUAGUUGAUAUUUGGCGGUAGUCGACGGCAGGCCACGCUUCGAUGGAAGGCACCUGUCGUAGUCCUCGAGAUUAGCUUACUACAGAAUAGCUUAGUGCUCGUUACCGCUGCUACUUAGGUAACGACCAUGACAUUAGCUACUUUCAUAUUGCCAUAAAACACUGCCUUAUAAGUGGUUGCAAUGAAUUGACGUGUAACGCAAGCAGGAGAAAAGCGGUGUUGAGGCGUACCCAGCGCUGCCCGGUGUAUCGACUCUAGUCAUUAUUUUGGCUGUCAUACCACUCUCAUAUACGAAAAAAAUAAGGAAGCUAACCCUCAGCGAUAACGGGCUAAGUCAGACACUUGCGUACCUUUAUAGGACAGGUGCGAGAGAAUAACGGUUAUCGUGCACGUUCUAGAAUGCAGACACUUGUGUUGGCCUGGCAGGUAUUUCUCUUCGUAGAUGGCCAUAUGGUCUGGCUUAUGGCCUUUCCAAUCUCUUCCCCGGCGCUUUGACUCUUAAAAUCACCUCGUAAUUUUUUUUACCUCGGUUUGUGUUUUUAUUUGGCUUAUCCUGUAAAUAUUAAAUUUAGAUUUUUUGCGGAAGUUAUCAUUUAGCUGUAUCUGCUUGUAGUCGACUACUGGUGAAAUGAACACAAUAACGUUUAACAGAGAUACAGAAAACGUGCCACUUGCAUGAAUGGUAUUUGGUGUUUUAUGACCAAUAAGUUAAACUUAAGUAAAAAACGCUAGUUUCAUAUUGAUACGUAAUAGUUAAGACUGAGCAAGCAUAUACAUAUAUUGCGUAUCGAAAUGGAAUAGUCUAUUGCGCAAUAUUCGCUCGCUCGCUCAUCGUCACUUCUACCUGCUGAGACGAGGCAGGACUCCAAAGAGGUGUAUGCAGCACAACAGUAGCGUAUGCAGUCCUCUUCGGAGGGUGUCUGCUUUAUGCAUGCGCAUAGUCACGCCACAGUCUUCUUACUGACUGUGGAACCUCGAGCCAAGGCGACUCUAGUCAGCACUGCCCACGUUUGGUACACCCCCAUUCAGGCUAGGUAGUGACUACUGCCACCGCCUUUUAUUUGUGUAGGAGGUCGACAUCUCAAUGAAGUUGAUAUAGCUUUUGAUAGAAGCAAUGAAGCCAUGUAUUAGAAUAAUAAAACGACAACGACACUGCUAAGGUAGUUUCAUUCACCAGUCUAACUCGUGCUAUAUCUAGUGCUUAGUUGUGGGGCCCUGCAACAGGGGUUAAGCGGGGGCGGAAGGGAGGGAGUUAAGUUGGAGCCAAAGGUACCCUCCGGCCUCUAGCUUGACUCGUGCUGGCUGGUGCUUCUCAUAAGUGUGACGGAAAAAAAUUGGAGCCAGUAGCUCAAAGGCAGUGGGCACCAUCAGUCCCUUCGCCCUGGCAGUGGCCUAUUUGCAAAACGGCACUAAGAUUUGACCACUUGCGAGCUGUUGUAUUGAGGUGGGCGAGAGUACAAGAAUGGUGAUGCGAGUGGUGAACCUUCGCUUGAUCGACAGAAAGAAUAACCCAACCAACAGAUCUCGCUCGAUCAAAGCGAACAAAGAGGGCAAACCAAAACAAUGCAGCACUCAACCGAUCUGACCACAAUCUUGCAGUUUUGUAGCAGCGGCAAUGAUAAAGACAGGCAGAAACAAGAGCAAGUCAACCAGCCAGCAAGUUUGUCAGUAUAUAGAACUAACUCUGGAGGAGUGGCUACAGUAUAAGGGAGCGGGUCACGCAAAGCCCACCAGGCAUAGUCUAACUUGUAGCGAGCACGAGACCUCAUACGCUCCACAUUUAAAUUCGUUUCUCGCCUGUUGUGACGUUUCGCUUCUAAGCUUUCUUUUUUUGUCUUCCGGCUUGCUGCAUCUCUCGUUAACGUUGGCUGAGGCGCGUUUCUUGGCUGACUAGUUCUGUAUCUCGACGAAUUCGUCGGCCCAACUAGCUUUAGCAUUCUGCGUACGAUGCGAUAUUAUACUGACCUGUCGAAAGAGCAAGACCCCAACUUUUCGACAUAAACUAGAUCUGUAGCACAUGCUAUGAAAAGCGUAUAUGAAUCGCCUAGUACGCGUUAACCUUCUUCCGUUGUGGCUACGUCACAUGGACAGGAGGUUGAGUCUGCGAGGUAAGAUAGGACGAUAUUUGUUUCAGACAACGAGCAAAAAGGAAAAAAAGCAGCGGGGAAAUGGCUAAAUAUAGGAUACAUGUUUUGCCGCAGCAAAGCUGGGCUGAAUGGUGUGAUAGGAAACGAAGUGAGUAGGCGUCGAAGCGACGAAGUCGAACCUUCAUUUCGUGGGUGUAUCCUUUUGACAUCGUAGAACCUUAAAGAUAGACCGAAGGAUUCUUGAUCGGUUUGCAUAUUUCAAACAUUUUGAAGUCUUAUAAGGCUUUCCUUACUGGUUGUCCGAAACAGACAUUCCCCAUGGCCUGAUCCACAUGGACCUGUCUGUUUAUUUCAAUUAUACCACAUCGUUACCAUUAUAAGAAUUAUUAUUAUUAGUUAUUAACACAGAACGUAUCUCCAGUUCGUUUAACAACAGCCGCCCGCCAUUCGGGUGCACCUUGGGGUUACUCAAUUUUUUUGCAAGUCGAAACUGUGCAUUUAGCAAUUAUAUUGCACUACCUAACCUGGAAGCUCAACUGCGAUCAAAUGUGUUAGCAAAGUUCAAACGUAUUCAUGAUGCUGGUUCCUAGAGAUAGUACCACAAUGAAUUUGACUUCCAAUCUCUAUAAUAGUCACUAACUCGAUACUGCAAAGGCAUCCAUAACAAAUUUACGAAUAAAUCCCUCUAAGAUAGUGGUGGACAUGGUGGCGGUACUUAAUUGCAUCAGCUCGUUGGAGUCGCUGCCGAUCCGACGGGAAGACCUAGAGAGGACAAGAUUAGGUCGAGUUAUCAAUGAGCUACGAAAACGAACAUCCGAUGUGGCCUUGCAACGGCGAGCUAAAGAUCUGGUGCGCAGCUGGCGGCGGCUUCUUGAUGAGAACCCUCCAGCCGUGGGGCUGGGGUCUACCCCCAAUGGGACCGUACACCAUCUUCAUACACCACAUACCCCUCAUACACCUCAUGCCGCCCAAAAAGUAUCUAGUCCCGCGCUAAGCGGCGGUGUUCCGGCAACGCCGGCCACGUCGCUGGGCGCCUCACACGGCGGCAGCAGCGGAGGCGGCGGGGGCAGUGGUCAUGGCGGGCACACGCGAGUGGCCCAACUGCAAAUGCAAUCGGGCGUCGGCGUUGGUGUUGGAGUUGGCGCUGGCAGUCACCACGGAGGACGAACAAGUCCCGCGUUGAGCUCGUCAGUGUCCAAUAGUCCUGUACUACGCACACGGAAUGGGUCAGGCUUCAAGCCGGUAUCGCCUGCCGUGCCAACGGGGUCACCUUCGCCUAAUGCAGUCGCUCCUCUGGCGUCGCAUGCUGGCGGUGUUACGGCUGGACAACCCUCGACGCCGCCAUCUGCCUCAAAUGCGCAUAAGGCACCGAAUCGGAACAGCGUCGCAAACAAACGCCUCCGGAAAGCUGACAUGAACAGUAGUCCGCCUGAAGCAGGACCUGUUGGGUCGGCGGGAACAGGGUCAUCAGUAGCAAAACGAGGUCGUCAAGUGAACGGGUUUGACAGCCUUCUGCCGGGCUCCAUCAGCGGCCUAGGCGAUGCUGCCACCGGGGCUAGUAGCGGUGGUACUGCAAAAGCUGCUGGCAAUGCUGGGGCCAGCACUAUCCCAAGCGGGAAUAGCGCAUUUGAAAGUUUAGUGAGACCCGACUCGCGGACAGGCAGCGUCCACUCGGAUGACGCUGCGAGCAAUGGCGCAAGCGGGAUAGGAGGUAAUGUUAGUUCCACGGGCAGCGGAGGUAAUGGCAGUGGAACGCCAGCAACGCGGAUAGUUCCUAAGGUAAAGACGACACAGCAGUUGAUCGAUGAGCUAAAAGCAAAGUCGGGUGUAAACGUAUCGAUCGAUGACGUGGUGAAGGAACCUCCUCCGCCAGACAGAGGAAUAAGUCCAGCAGUCGCUGCCGCGAAAGGUCGACGCGGUCGGCCGCCAACGCACGCCCGUGACUCACCCCCGGUAACAUCAUCGUUGCCUUUGGCUCGGCAGGCGGCCGUCAACAAUGCAGCGUUCAACCGCCUUCUAAAUGGAGGAACCAGCGAUCGGGAGCUGACGCAGAACAAGACGGAACUAAUGGAUCGUUUCCUACUGUCCUCACCGCAGUCACAGAGUGAUGACAGCAAUCAUCUGCCGGCGUCAAACAGCACCAAUGCGCAAGCAACGACAACGACGACAACUACGCUCACAGCGCUAACCAAUGGACAUCAUUCCGGUCAUCAUUCCUCUUCAUCAAUGUUGUCGCGACUCGCUAACGGGAUGGCGCCCACAUCCGACGCCGCGUCAGAGAAGAGACCAGCACCGACGGGACCUUCUGGAGCGCCACUGGUAUCGUACGAUAAUGUCGAUGCUGACAUAAAUCGCAUCCUUUCGAAGCUCCCACCCCUGCCGGCCGACGUCUACGACUGGCGACCUACGAACGGGCCCGAAGCGGAGCAAGAGUUGACAACUGAUGGAAUACAGUCGUCUUCAUCGGUGUUUCCAGCGCGUAGUUCUGCAGCCCCUACAGAGGAAGAACUCGAGCGGAUCUCAAACGGUCGUUGGCCUUGCGUCAACGGCAAUUACGAUAUGCAUGGCGAAUGGAGGCCAUGGAAUGAACUGAUGAUGGCGCGUUCAGCAGGCGAGGAACCCCUGCCCGUUCUGCCUUAUGUCGACAUCGAGUGGUGAUCUCCCCGGAAGAAACAGAAAAAAAAAAAGAGGAAGAUAUGCAAGUGAAAGCCAGAUACUGAAGAAGGGUAGUUUUGCGUGUGCGCGGCAACGGUGGUAGCUUAUGUCAAUGACGUUCCGAAACCUAGAAGAAAGACAAUUUCCUGCCUGGCCGAUCCGUGUGCGUGUGUGUGACCGUAUGUGAACGCGCCACGGCACAGUUACGGACUGCUGGUCGGUGAAUUAGCGGUAGCUACUACGGGAUGAGUAGAAACUAAGACAUUAAUUGACACUUCAGUGCUUCGAGCUUAUCCGGGGCGUCCUCAAGCAUAGAUGUUUACGGGCUUCGAGAAUAGUUGACUCGUUGUAGCAUCAUUUCGACCUCAACCGCACAGCCGCAGAUAUUAGUCAGUUAGUCGUCCGAAGCUUGUACGAACUCCGGGAACAACAUAAAGAAUUGCUAGCAUCCCGCCUGUCUUUCCGGGGCACCGUUGUCGCAGCGCAGUAUACAAUGAUAACAUUCAGAUAAAACGACAGGCGUUGUUUUUACGGUCGGACGCUGGCAAACGUAGCGGCUAGAUGGUGGAUUGCGUACAGACAGUCGUGCACAGGGGUUCAAUUACAUGCGACUGUAGGUCGGUGUAAGAACGUUGUGUGUAAUAACGCUGAGGAGUCGGACGAUACAACACUCGAAUGUAAUAGUUCGAUGCCGGUACACUGAUGAUUUGCCUUCUCGACAAUGAAUAUACAUUAACGAAUCAUCAUUUGAAUGAAGCGAGAAAUACAUCGUGGAAAAGAUACAUUGUUGAAACACAUAAGCAAAAAAAAGAAGGCUGUUCAUAUUCAAUGGCAACAAAAUAACACGGGACAAGAGGAGGUAACAUAGGAAACACUCAACAAGAACCAUUGUCAGAUGUGGCCAUCGCUUGUGAUAGUGACGCUGCUGUUGUUGCCGCUAUUGGAAAAUUUAUUACUAUUUAUCCUUAGACGUAGAAUUUGUUUGGUCGCACAUACGAUGAUGCAUUGCCGUCGCUGCUGCAUCCCGAUUAUGCUCUCAUUGAGUCCGCGGUUCUGUUCAAAUGGAAGACAAUAUUGUUGUUUAAUACACAACAACGCCAACGAAGAUCAUAUAUAUAUAUAUAUAUAUAUAUAUAUAUAUUAGUCUAGAUUAGAAAUCGGAUUUUUUCUCUUAUUACUUGAGCUAUUAUCAGAAUGAAUUAGCAAUGAUUUGUUACGAUAACGAGUUAACGGAAGUUUACGGAAGCCGCUUAUUGCUCUCUCAGCCUAUUAUUAUUAUUAUCUCGUAUUUGGCAGUCACAUGUUUCGUGCUGAAAACGAUCAUUUCAGUUGUAGUUGGUGUGGGCGUCACGAAAACACGACGAACAGCACGCAACGGCUUGUCACGAGGAUCUUCACCGGAUGAAAACAGGAAGCGUCCGGUAGGCAGAUAUCGCCAGAUAUGCGACAGUUGUGCGGCAACGACAAUAUCCUCAAAACGAUAACAAAGAAAUAAUGAAAUACUAUAUAGUGCUGUUUUGUGUUUGAAGUAACAGAUAAUAAUAAUGGCAGUAGCUGCACCGGCAUCUUGCAAAGGCAUCCAGUGUUCUAGCAAAAAAAAAAAACAUUGAAACUAACACCACAACAAAAAUAUACCAACAAGCGAAACGAUUGAAGAAGAAAGAACGGAAAAAUCCUGAUACGUAGUUCGUGUGCGGUGCGACCGUUCCGCCCGCAAACGUUUAGGCUGAGUAAAUGUAGCUAUUAGGACAUAUGUGAAUUGCGAGAUCGAGGAGUGGUAAGCCGGAACACAACAAUGGAUCAUGCGUGUGGAAGAUAAGUGGUUUUGAGAGAAAGUGCGACAGUCAGAUAGAUUUCCAGACAGAUAUCUAUAAUAGAAUGAAUGGGGAUACGAGUUUGAAUUCCACUCCGAUGGGAAAAAUCUACCGUAAGAUAAAUUCUAAUGAUAAGAUGUUCGCAUAGAGCGACGGGUAGAGAGAACGCGAAGGGACGAGAAAACGAAAAGUGCCGCCGGUAUCUGGUGGGUCCGAGUCGGCAUUGCCCACAUUGUGAACCAUGUAUAAAGUUAAAGAUCUGUUAAAUAAUAUUAUUACUACAUUAUGACCACCAUUAUUAGUAUAACAAUUAUUAUUAUUAGUGAUGAUGAUGACGACGACAUGAAUAAUAACGUGAUGACUGGAGCGGCGGUGUCUUCGUGUUGGGGUCACAAAAACGAAAACGUUACUCGGUUGAAUAACGAGUACGAAAACAUGAUCCAUGAUUCUGACCGCGACAAUGACAAAACGAAACGCCGAUGGCGUACACACGGUGCGUUGACUUAUGCGAGAUGAAAUUCCGACGAAGAACAGGAACAAGCAAACUGAGCAGAGGGUAAAACACGUCGAGAUCCUGAGCUGUCUACAUAAUCUUUGCGCACAGCACCGCAGGUGAUCAGCUGGGUCGUCUUCGCCUAGUUGCUUGCCGAUUGAGUGAAGAGCGACCUUUUGCAAAAUCUCAAUGCCAUCCACUACGGUGGCUGAUUGUACUUGGCGACCUUCGAAGUAUGAGAUGUUGUCAGUAAGCAGUAAUUCAGUUGAUCCUCGAUACAUGAGCGUCGGUUAGGGCCGACUAUAGAUCAUCGGCAGCAAUGCUAAAAGAAAGGGAGUGAUAACGUUACUGUUUGUCGAGUGAAACACGAAUAAGCAAUCGAUAGAAAAGUGUCAGCUGGUGCGGCGACGUUUGAAGGAAUCGGUUAAGCAGUCUAUAACGAACAUAAUGAUGAAGAACCGCCGUGAAGUCAGGAACAGAAAUAAAACGAAAGAUAAAAUGAGUGAAUACCGAGAAAUGCUGGCAGAAGGUAGCCGCCGUGAGCAAGACGCACAGAUAAAGAUAAACGAAGAAACAGAAAAAAAUCAAGGGCAAGCGGAUGAGCGGGGAAAUAUUGAAGAAAAAUGCUAGCAGUAAACUGUUAACGGCGUCGUGAAGUGCCCCGCGGGGGGAGGGGGUUGGUCUGGGAGAGCACGAUAAAGGCGCCAAUAUUGAAACUAUUGCAGUGUACCAUCUGAGCGACGGACCAGCAAAGCCGUAACAGACAUCCUACCUGCAGUAAAAAAGAUCAAGAUUCGUUUAGAGUUCGGAGCUGAUACACCGUAAUAGCAACAAGCUGCUGACGCGGUCUUCUAUUAUUAUGGUUGCUAAUGCUAGAACUAUUACGACUCUUUCUGUGGAUUUUUCUGCUCGCCGCCUUAAGAACUUAACUUUCCUGAAACGAAUGAGGGUUCAAGUGAAGACGGGGGAGGGAAAAAUCUAGGAGUAUAAAAGCACGUACGUAUCUAACGGGGAGGUGCUGCUGCUGCUGCUAGUUACCGGGUGGGGGUGUGCGUGUCAGGGGAUGAGGAUAGCGCGCUUUGGAUGAAAGGGUGUGUAUCAACUGUGAGAAAACACUGUUAGAAAUAUAAUUAGUUCCACGAAGUUAAGACAGGUGAAAUGGUAUGAGAAACAUUUAUGAUGCUGAUUAUAAUGACGAUUUUAUGAAGAGGCUGUGUAGAGGAAUAAAACGCUUUAUGAUGUUUGAGAAGGGGAACUGCUGAAGGCCGGUCCUGUUGUCGUUGGCGGCCGAAGAGAGCGAUCACGAAUACAUACGAAAAUAUCAUCCGAAUGACGGCAUCCAGCGGAAACGAUAAGAGCAUAGGAUAAAAUCGAAUAGAACGAAAUAGCGAGCUGAGAGAGAGGGUAGCGAGAGAGGAGGCGGGGAGAGAAACUCUGGAUGUGUAUGUAAGUCGUGCUCACAUUUCGAAAGAAAGCAAAAACGAGCAACCGCGACUAUACGAAAUGAUCGCUGAUCGACCCGUAACCUACGACCUCUGUCCGGCAGCAUACUUUAGUUGUUAAUAUUAUUAUUCUUAUUACAAUUAUUAAUUACGACAUAAUAAUAUUAUUAUUACGAUGAAUUCGUGCGCUUAAAUGUAAUAAUGAAUACGGUACACAAACAGCCAUUAAGGGAUCGACGAAACGAGAACUGGAUGAAGAUCGAAGGAAAAACCCGUCUUACCUGGAAGGAUCAUAACAACUACAAAAAACGUAUAAGAUCAUUGUCAUCAGAAGCUCGGCUGCAUCGUAGCGCUGUCAUUACGCCGCUCAGAGGCGUAGUAAAUUUAAAGAGGUGAAUCGUCGUUAGCUUAGACACCUAUUCUCUGAUGAAGCACCCAUGAAGGAAGAGUAACUCCACCUACUUUUUGUGGCCCGAAGAAACGCGCCAGCCUGCUGUAGCUGUAAAACACCGUCGAUACGUUUUUAUAGAUUUUUGUUCCGCAAACGUUAUGUCUUACAAAGGAAAUGGGAAAAUCCACCAAGUCACGAGAGGGUUCUAUGCCAAGAAAAAUGUCUACUGGAUAGUAACAGAAUGACAUCGCAAUAUGACAGCUUAUUAGUUAAAACAAAUGGUCACCGGCGCACUAAUAUAGUCCACAGAAACUAUUUGAAAUCUUACACCGUUCACAACACGAAUGGAAGGACACAGCUCUGCCGAAAUACUGCUGAAACACAGACAAACAACAAUAAGAGCGGUAUUAAUGCCAAUUAAAUAACAAAAGAGACGUUACAGCAAGGGUAAAGACGAAGACUACAUGAAACAGGCGCAGAUAAACAAUAGCGCACCAAGCGACCCCACAUGCUGUGCCUACAAUGGCAUAUUUUUGAUAUCUGUUAGAGUUGAAAGUGGCGAUGCAACAAUACACAGCGUAAUUAAGCAAGAUUCUUUUACACGAUGUGCAUGCACACAAGCAGACGCUCUUUAAAUAACAGUAAACAGUAAACAAACGUGGGAGUGCGUAAAGAAGACUGUCUAUUAUACGCACUACGCUUAGCUAUACGUUGGACUGGUGGUGGGGUGAUGUACGUGAGCGAAAAUGAAGACUGCCUUGAUUUUCAGAAGGGGACGACUAGAGGAGGCAAUUGGGUUUUUUUUCGGGGGACGGGGAGUACUACCGGAAGCGUUUAAUUGGAUGCUCAUGGGCAUAUGGGAAACCGUAAACUCAUUGUCACAGAUGAGUAAAAGGUCGUGUGGUUAGCACAAGUCUAUCUAUUACGCCAUCAUUAUACGCUAUUAUACACAUCGAUGGAUCGAGUAAAAGCAUGUACCCCAACAUUUAGCACUUAUUAUCAAGGCCAGUUAUCAUUACAUCACUCCAAUACAAUGAUUUCAACAUCAUGCUGAAACUGUGCAAACCUUCCUGGCGACCAUCCUUGGCUCAUAAGCUUGACCAACACAUAGCACCGCUUUGGCGAUUGGCACACACCUCUACCAACAAAGUAGUACGAAAGGUGCUGCUCAAGCGUUUGACAGGAUUUUGGUAACGUGGGGUUGUGCAGUGGAGCGGUUCGUAAGUGUAUCAGCCCGCAUGGGCAACAAAGCUGGGGGACAUUACAAGACGAAUGCGCUUGUUUGUACGAAGGUGAUUGAAGGUGUGUAAUGACAUAUGAUGAUAAGCGGGGGUGUCAGUGUAAGCCUUUCGGACCGAAGAUGUAUGGGGAAAGUGUUGCAAGUAGCAUAGGACGCUGGUGACUUUGACCCAUUCCAGUACCUCGUUUUUGUCGUCAACAAGGUUGCUGUGCCUAGACAGGCGGAAUUGACGCCGACGACAGAUCGAUGGAUCCACUAUAAACGAAAAAAGGGGUUGGGUCGGUGAUAAAGCGGCAGCGGCAGCGGCAAGGCGCUCGACGUAACAGCAGACAAUGACCUCGUGCUCGAACGUAGUGUUCCCAUCAGUCAACAACAAUAGCAACAACGAUAGGAAGAACAACAGCAACAAUAAUGACAGCUGCAGAUCAUACUGAAAUAAAUAUAGUAUUCGACGGCGCCUGGACACUUCCCGAACGAAAAUUACCGUACUGGCAUCGUUAGUUUGGGGUGAGUGGGUGAGUGUUUGACUGUUUAGAAAGUGGGCUCAGCGGGUGGGUGAGUGGAAGGCAUGUAUCUGGUGACAACAGGAGUUGCUACUAAAGAAAUAGAGGCGAAAAAGCUUCCGGCUAAAUGGCGGAGACUUGCAACAGUCUCAACUGGUUCCGGAUAGUUAAGAUUCAUGUAGAAAAAGCUGCCUACGGAGUCAGGGAAACAAGCGAACAUGCAACAUACAGAUAACUUCCAAUACUGAUCUUGAUUGAUGCACACAACGCACGGUUCACUCAUGGCUUGCUAGGUUGGCUAGGUAACA